AUGUUCUUUGACGGGUCGUCAUAUAGCACUGUUGGAGGAGCAGGAGUAGUAUUCGAAGCCCCACAAGGCGACUUGCUGUCGUAUUCAUUCAAAUUAGAUUUCCCAUGCAGUAAUAAUGUUGCCGAAUAUGAAGCACUAAUCCUGGGACUCAGAUUGGCAAGAGAACUCAAUUUGGGAAGUAUAGAAGUGAAAGGCAAAUCAAGACUGGUGAUGAACCAAGUAAACGGCGACUUCCAUGUCAAAGAACCACACCUAGCGCCCUAUCGAGCAGAAGCUCGGAGCCUGAUGAAUCAGACAGGGUCAACUUUGGACCAUACCGGAAAAAGUGGAAAUCGGCAUGCAUAUGCUCUUGCAACCCUAGCAAGUAAGAUGCAAUUAAACGGUGACGAAGAGGGUACAGUUAUGGUAAGAAGAAAGGAGCUGCCCAACACCUGGAAAGAAGACCUAGCUUUUGAGGAAGUAGAUGAUUGGAGGCGAGUAUAUAUCGAAGACUUAACUCGAAUGGAGGAAGAUCAAGUAAUGCCUACCCAAGCCUUGAAACAAUUCGUGAUGAUCCAAGGGGAUCUAUAUUACCGAGCUGUUGGAGGAUCCCUCGCAAGAUUCGUGAAUAAAAGGGAAGUAGAAAAAAUACUCUAG